GCAGAGUUGCGAUCACUCUAAGGAUAUUAUUGUAAUCAACCUUUGUGCGGAAUUUGGUCGGCUGGUGUGGCCAUUCUACAAUGACAUUGGAGGGUCGUGGAAAGUCGAUCUUCGUGGUCGCCACAGUAUCCCUUUGUGUUUCACUGACGGCGACAGCCUUACGGUGCUUCGUGCGGUUAAGGCUCGUCAAAACUGUUGGGUGGGAUGACAUAUUGAUGGUGUUCGCAAUGGCCCUGAACAUCUGGUUCGCAACGUGCGGUAUCGCUGGAUCACUGGCGGGAUUCGGCAGAAAGUUUAAAGACUUUGAUCGGCCUCAGGAUAUUCAAACAGCCUUAUUAUGGUGGUGGCUCGGCCAGUCGGCGUACAUUUGGGUAGUCACGAUUGCGAGGCUGUCCAUUGCAAUGCUGCUUCUUCGAAUUACUUCUCGACGGCGUGACUCUAUAGUCACGUAUGUGGUAAUGGCUCUGACCGUAGCUGUUGGAGUCCCCUUCUGGUUUGUCUUGAUGCUCCAAUGCCAUCCGGUGCAAGAGUUCUGGCAACGCACGGGCGAUGGUCAUUGCAUUAAUACCACUUAUAUCAUCGAUGUCACCUACCUUUACAGUGCAACAGCCUGUCUGUGCGAUUUUACUCUCGGGCUCUACCCUAUAUACCUUCUCAGAGAUCUGCAACUGAGCUGGCGGUCGAAAUGGGCCUUAACGGGAAUUCUUGGCUUGGGAUGCGUUGCAAGUGCAGCUGUUGUGGUCCGCAUCCCCUUUCUUCAGGACUAUAAGCGUGCCGAUUUCCUCUAUACUACAAGCGGUAUUGCUAUCUCAUCAAAUGUUGAAGCUGGCCUAGGUAUCACCGCUGGAAGCCUGGUAACGCUCCGUCCACUUUGCCGUUGGUUCCGUCACAUAAGCCAUACUGGCUGUCAGGCUGUGAGGAAGUCGACAGGCAGCUUCCGUAUGUCUAGAAGCAAUGGAACUCAGAGUUCCCACACCAAACUAAAUGCAAGCUCCCCUCGACACGGGCAACCAGAUAUUGAAUGUGGGGGCCCACAUACCCUCUCUACUAUAGUCACGAGCCAAAACUCUCGAAAUGCGAUCCGGGACAACGGGAGUCAUGGAGAAGACCAUAUAUUUCAGGCCACCAUCGAUGUGCAGCAAACCUUUGGUACGCCAGAUGUAUGAUGUUAUAGUCGUCCUAGUAAUGUACCAAGUCAGCUGUAUAAGGUAAUUUGUUCUUUUAAGCUUGCGUGGUUAAAAUUCACGUACAGCUCUUCCAUAGCUCUUGCUUGGACGCUACAACGAACGAAAGCGAAGAGGACGAAAGCUGGUCAGAACGCGAACAUGCUUUCCUGAGACGAGUAAAGAAAGUGAGGGGCUCAGGCUGCUACAUUAUCCUGAUCAGUCUUAACUCGUUCCGCUCACUAGCUUUGUAUGAUUUCUCAGAUACAUAGUACGUAUGUAGCUAGCUAUGCG